AUGGAGCCCAGAGAAGCCCCUGGGAAGGAAAACAUGGGAAGCAAGAGAAAGAACCUGACCUUCUUGAGACCCAGGCUGUAUAUGCUGGAGAGGAGGAAGACGGACACUGUGGUGGACGGCAGUGUCUCUGGGGACCACUCUGGCACCUUGAGGAGGAGCCAGUCUGACAGGACCGAAUACAACCAGAAACUACAAGAAAAGAUGACUCCACAGACUGAGCGCUCCUCAGCUGUGACCCCAACACCUGAGGAAGAGCAACAGAUGGGAAGGAUGAUGGCAAAGCGGGCAAAAAUCAUCAGGGAGCUGAUACAGACAGAGAGGGAUUACGUCACAGAUCUGGAGCUGUGCGUCAGAGAAGUGGUCCAGCCUCUGAGAAACAAACAGGUUGACAGGCUGGAUGUGGACAGUUUGUUCAGCAACAUGGAAUCCGUGCACCAGAUAUCAGCCAAGCUACUGUCCUUGUUGGAAGAGGCCACAACAGACGUGGAACCGGCCAUGCAAGUAAUAGGAGAGGUAUUCUUGCAGAUUAAAGGACCACUGGAGGAUAUUUAUAAAGUCUACUGCUACCAUCAUGAUGAAGCACACAGUAUACUGGAGUCCUAUGAAAAGGAAGAGGAGUUGAGGCAGCAUCUGGGCCACUGUAUCCAGUCCUUAAAGUAA